AUGGGGGCCCCGCCGCCUGCGUACCGCGUUCAGUUCCAAGGACAUAAAGCAGUUCUGGCGGACCAGUCCUCGAUGUACCACCGCCGUGCUGCCUUUCUGUCUGGGGGCACCACUUGGUUCUUCAACAAGGCGGAGCUGACCACAUCACAUUCCAUUGUGAUUGCCACCGAUGGGUCUGCAAAGGAUGAUGUC